GUUAUGUUUACCGAGUUCUGGAAUGAAUAAGUUAGUAUUGAUAACUGAUUAUGGUGUACAGGACGUUAAUUUAACAUACGUUAAAAAUAUACUUAAUUGUUUUCUCACAGAGGAUACUUACGGUUGACUUUAAAGUACAAAGUAAUCAUAAACCCAGAGCAGAAAUCGCACUGGAGCUAUGAAUGUGGACACAUUGUUAUCAGAGCAGGAGGUUCAAUAUAAAUUGAGCAGCCUGUUUUUCGGACUUUUACUGGUUGCGUUGAUAUUUCUUGCCUUAUACAUUCUUUGGAAAUGGUGCGGCGAGGAAUCUAACAAUUCGACUGUUUCAAAAUCAACUUCCGGUGAAAGACUCUUUAUGAAACCCGUAUAUGCACAUGAAAUUGAACCUGGAAUAGUUGUACUGCAAAAUGAAAACGGGGAUUACUUCAAAAUUUUGAAAGAAUAUGACAUGAAGGGCGGUAACCAGUACGGUUCCUUGUCGUGUACGAAACCGGAAAUGACGCAACCAAAUCGGGAAACCGAAAUGCUUUCAAGUCUUCCUCAAUCGUCUUGCCAACCACGUGAUUUCCCUCUUCAUGCAAGCGCGCCGCCAUGUUUGAAUGAUGAAGUCAACUCCAGAAUGCUGGAAAGGAGAAGCAAUGGUGCAGAGUUUCGAUCAGUUGACUUUAAUCUCGGGUCCGGAACAAAUCCACCACCAUAUGGUGUUCCGUAAAAAUAGGUGGUAGUAUUUGUAUGUACUACAACUAUGUAUUCUUACAUAGUGUUCAAGAAAUAUAUGACAGGUGUCAGCCAGAAUGACAAUGGAAUUAUUUGGUCAAAUUUGCUAGUUCUCUGUUUGCACAUAUUAAUGAUUUAUAUUAAAUGAAUACCGACCUCCCAAAAGUACACACUUUUUCAUUUCUAGUGUUCAGUAUUAACUGCAUAUUAUUAUUUUGACUUAUAGUUAAAUAAAGCAACCUCGGAUAUAUGUUUUU